AUCCGAAGACUCUGAGAGGGAGCCCACCAAGGCUCACGGUAACAUCGUCCUUCAUCCCUGGAGAGCUCUGUUAACGAAGAAAUGGAGACGGAAAGCAGGAGCAGGACAGAGCUUGCCCUCCCCACUCCACAAGAGCCCACCAGUGCAUCUGAAAUUGAACUUGCAGAAAUAUCUCUCCAUGAAAGCGUCUUACUGGAAAAGCCUGCCCCACCCGCACCACGCCAAACAUGGCUGACUGUUUUGAAGAGAGAGCUGGAAUUCCUGGGGGUAACACAAAUUCUGAUUGGUUUGAUAUACCUUUAUUUUGGAAUAAUUGUGAGCUCCGAGAUCAAUGAUUCAGAGUUUAUGGAAUACUUUUUUUCAUCAUUUAAAGCCGGCUACCCAUUCUGGGGAGCCCUAUUUUUUGCUAUUUCUGGAAUUUUGUCAAUCGUGUCUGAAAAGAAACAGUCAGUAUAUCUGAUCCGAGGAUGCCAGGGAGCAAACGCGGUCAGCAGCGUCACCGCGGGAGCAGGCGUCGUCAUUCUCAUCAGUAACCUUGAGCAGAGCGCCGCUUACCUCUACAGCUGCGAGGAGGUCUACGUGAACGACUACUGCUCUCUGGCCUGCUUCUCCGCUGAAGUUGUGGCGAUGAUCCUGUUUCUCACCGUCCUGGGCUUUGGCAGCGCUGUGUCACACAUAGUUUAUGGAAUUGGUGAAGUAGUUGAAGGAAAUCAGAUUCCAGAAGAUCGUCUUUAUGAAGAGGUAAAUAUAUAUGCACCGAUUUAUAGUCAGUUGGAAGAAAGAGAGGAGACAGCUUCUCCUGCUGAUUCAUAAGACUUGUGUGUCCGGAACAUCCUGAUUCACAGCAAAGAGCUUAGAAAGCCAUGAUCUCUGUGUAAGAGGCUACUGGCAAAAUUUCAAUUCUUUCUAUGACUUGACAAGUUUAUAUCAUGGUUUAUUCUCCAGACGGCAAUAUUCUAUUUUUGUUGUUUCUGUUCACUUAAACCCAUCCCCCCUCCAUUUGUAGAUAAGAUAGACUUCUAUAUUUCUUGCUUUCUGUUACUGUCUCACACCCAUCCCUUCUGGGAUAUCCACCUGUAAUAAGUAAGCAUAACUGCAAAUAGGGAAAACAAGAGGAAUACUGGCUGAGAGCUGAGUUAAGGUUAACAGUUUGAUAAUAUUUGCUCUUAGCCUUUUUCAGAGCUGCAGAUGUGAGUGAUCUGUGACCCCUUUUGGACUGUAAGAACCAUGAGGGCAAAGUCCAUUCAGCAAACUCAUACUGAGAACCAACUAAGUGAAACUGAUCUCACAGUAUUUCAUCCGUGGUGGGUGCUCAGUGUGGGUGUAUGGAGUGUAGGGGUGGAGAUUCAGAGAGGGCAUACCACCAGGUCGAGUCAGAAGUAGCACAGGAAAGGAGAAAUUGUGGAGAUGAUGACAAGACCAAAAGGACAUAAAUUAAGAAUAGAGUCAGAAAGACUCUGUUAGACAGACGUGUGAAUAGAGAUUCUUUAGGCAUGUAUUAAGCAUUUUGGUGGAUACAUAUCAAAUUAGCAAUAGAUAUUUCCUCAUUGGGUUUGGUCUUAUAUGAACAAAGCAACAUAGUGUGGUAGAAGGAUUGCUGAUCUUAUAAAGCGCAUUGGAAUACCAGGCCUAUUGGUUAUUUGUUGAGUGAGCUGUGGCAAAUCAUUUAACGUUUUACUUAAUCAGGGUUUUUUCAUCUGUGACAUUAAGAUAGUAGGAAUAAUUUACCCGUCAGCUCUAAAAGUGUGUGUAGAAACACAUGCAAACACAGGGUAAAUUAGCAUACGUGCUGCCAAAGCAAGCACCACAAGAUAAACUAAAAGUGCUCUAAGAAAGAAAUGAUUGUGAAAUCAAUUCGUUCAUAUUCAGUCCUGAAUAUUCAUCCAUGUUCACAUACAGCAGUCUCCAAUCUUAGUAGUCUCUAAUGAUAUAAAAUUUAAGUCCAUUUUGUCUCGAAGGUCCCACUUCCUGGCCCCACUUCAACUUUCUCUUUAAUAUGCACUGUGCUUGACCACCUCACGCCAGCAUCCUGCGUUGAAAUGUCCUUUCUUCCUUUCUGUUUUUGCUUGAAUUUCUUCUUUCUGUAAAGCCUAUCUUAAAUCCCAUCUGAUUCUUCAAGUUUUUCUAGUUGAUUGCCUUUCUCUCUAGCUGAUAAGUUUUUCUAAUCAAAUACACACACACACACACACACACACACACACCUUACACUCUGUAUAAUUUUCCACAGGCAAAUGUUUCAUGUCCCCUCAAUGAUAAUAUAUUUUUUCAGAGACACAAAAUCUCAUAAAAAUCCAUAUUUUGCCUGAAUCAGUAGCACAUUCACUGAUAGAAUAUUGCUCAAAAUUGUUUGCAGACUGAUGAAUAAGCAGUAGGGAGUUUUGUUAAGUUACUCACUAUGCCUGGUGAGAUGUAAACCAUAAAGGAAAAAUCACUUAAAGAAGAAUUUGAAAUGAAAGAAGAAUCAAUUAAGACCUGAGCUAAAAUGAAGUCAGUGGAAAUGAAGAGAAAUGAUAGUUUCCAAAAAAAUGGAGAAAGAGUUAUUGGUCUUCCCACUAAUGAGCUGAAUUAAAGAAUGAAACCAGAGAGGCAACCGGUUGCUUAACAUAUUAUGCGUUUGAAUCUAAGAUCAAAGAACAUCGGGUAAGGUUGAAAGACGUAGGAAGUUAGAAAUACAAAUUGACAUGUGAGGAGUACAGACAGACCCAGAUUAAGUUCAGGUUUAGACUGUCAUUUUUAGGAGAUUGAAGAGAAACACAGUUUAAGAUUGCCUGGUAGUAUUCAGGGCAGAGUGCUGGUAAGGAUGGAUUUUGGUGACAGAGGUUUAGUACUGUUGUAAGAGAGAUCAGUAUUAAAUGAAGAAAAUCAACACUCUAAGAGAACUAUAUUGAGAUAAAAGUAAAGCCAAGUUAACCUUUACAUGCCUGUAACCAGUCGGGACAAACACAUCACCAGGAGGUGGGGAAAGGAGAGAAAAUACCUAGGAUAGAAAAUGAGAGAAUUAGGCAGAAAAAUGCAUUGUGAAGCUGCAGCCAACAGGUAGCCCAAAGUAGACAGAGGUUAGACAAAGAAUAAGUAACCAUCAGAGACAGUAUCUGCUGACUUGAGGAAGACAAAAAUCAAUAGGGAUAGAUCCAGGUAAGAGGUAGAGAUGGGACAGAGAAAAUAGUAAUAGUGAAUGAAUGAAAAAGAUGCAGAGAAACUCAAAACAGGGCUAUGGUGAGGCAUUAAAUAGUAAAACAUUUGCAGAAAUAUUUAGAGAGAGAUAAUGGGGGUAUGUGUGAUGUAAGAAUGAGAGAUGAGAUUGUGAAUAGAAGAUGGUAAAGAAAGACUAAGCUCUCCAAUUGAGUUUGUUUCUUUUGACAUUUUUAUUUUUAAGAGAAGGAAAAAAUAGUUCACACCUUUAGCCUAAAUCUUAAUAGAAGAGUCCUGUGAAGAGACUGAAGAAAUCAGCUGGGGGUAUUAUUCACAAAUUCAUUAAUGAAAUAAUUAACUACAUUUUAUUUAUUUGGAUUGCCAAAAUUAAAAAUUGGUAAGUAGAUGUUAAUUUCCCCAGGCCAUGAAAGAGAUCACAUGACCAUACAACCAAUGGUGAAGUCAGUUUUUAUGCUUAUCUGAACUUAGGAGCCUAGAUUUUCUAUUUUCAUUUUUUUCUGAAAAUAAAAUUUUAUUUCCCCAAACUUGACAGCAGCUUAAAAAUAUACUCUUUUACUGCAUAGCUUGCCAAACUCAUUCACCGUUCUUAAUCAUUCAUAGAUAUAAUCACACACUUUCAAGGAAAAGAUGUUGACAUCCACACCUGGCCCACCAGGACCUCUAGCAGUGUCUCUGGUCUGUCUUUGUAUUGUGUGAUAUUUUACUCUGCUCUUUCCUCCACUCAGUUAGGAUUUUAACCACAUACUGACUAUGUAUUUCUAUAUAUAUCACACAUUUUUUUUUUGGUCUUAAGAUCAUUCUGAUAGUUGUUCUUUAUCUUCCUGCCUUUUAUCAUGUGCCUACUUUAGGCAGAUACUGAGAACGCAACUGGAAUGCUCUUCACAUAUUUAGUGUCUCAAUUUAUCUUUUUUAAAACGUCAACUUAAAGGUUAUCUUCUCCAUUGAGAUUGUCUAAUGCACAUGCAUUCAUCCAACCUACUUCAUAAUCACUUUACCCCAUGAUGCAAUGUAUUAUUAUGUAUUAUCAGUGUACUUUUGAUCUGCUUGAUGUAUCCUUAAUCACUGGUAUUUGUUCAAUAAAUCAGAAUCAUUUAACUUGA